GGGCUCGGCUCGGCCGGGCGUGUAGACGCCCCCGCCGGCGCGCGGCAGCGGACGGCAUCUGUGCUUUUCUGGCGGAAUUUCUCACUCUUCAACUAUGGAAACGGAGCACGAGAAGAUGAGUGUGCGUAAGGAGUUGAGCCCAGACUCGGCCUCGUUCUGCUGCGCUGCCUGCCACGGGGAUGAGCCCUGGAGCCCCAGCCGCCCUCUCCGGGGCCGGGCCAAGUCUCGGAGCCUGUCUGCCUCGCCUGCCCUGGGCAGCACCAAGGAGUUCAGGAGGACGCGCUCUCUGCAUGGGCCCAGCCCCGUGACCACAUUUGGACCAAAGGCCUGUGUGCUGCCCAACCCCCAGACCAUCAUGCACAUCCAGGACCCAGCCAGCCAGCGGUUGACGUGGAACAAGUCUCCCAAGAGUGUGCUUGUCAUCAAGAAGAUCCGAGACGCCAGCCUGCUGCAGCCCUUUAAAGAGCUCUGCAUGUACCUCAUGGAGGAGAACAACAUGAUCGUGUACGUGGAGAAGAAGGUGCUGGACGACCCCGCCAUCGCGAGUGACGAGAACUUUGGACCAGUGAAGAAGAAGUUCUGCACUUUCCGAGAAGAUUAUGACGACAUUUCCAACCAGAUAGACCUCAUCAUGUGCCUGGGGGGCGACGGGACGCUGCUCUACGCCUCCUCGCUCUUCCAGGGCAGUGUGCCUCCAGUGAUGGCAUUCCACCUGGGCUCGCUGGGCUUCCUGACCCCGUUCAGCUUCGAGGACUUCCGGUCCCAGGUCACUCAGGUGAUAGAGGGGAAUGCAGCGGUGGUUCUCCGGAGCCGGCUGAAGGUCAGGGUGGCCAAGGAGCUGAAGGGCAAGAAGAUGGCCCUGCAGAACGGGCUCCGCGAGAACGGCCUGCGCGCCCCGGGCACGGACACGGAGGGCGGGAAGCAGGCCAUGCAGUUCCAGGUCUUGAACGAGGUGGUCAUCGACAGAGGCCCCUCCUCCUACCUGUCCAACGUGGACGUCUACCUGGACGGGCACCUCAUCACCACGGUGCAGGGCGACGGCGUGAUCGUGUCCACCCCAACGGGCAGCACAGCGUACGCAGCCGCGGCCGGGGCCUCCAUGGUCCACCCCAACGUGCCGGCCAUCAUGGUCACGCCCAUCUGUCCCCACUCGCUGUCAUUCCGGCCCAUCGUGGUCCCCGCAGGGGUCGAGCUGAAGAUCAUGCUGUCGCCGGAAGCCAGGAACACCGUGUGGGUGUCCUUUGACGGACGGAAGAGGCAGGAGAUCCGCCACGGAGACAGCAUCAGCAUUACCACCUCCUGCUACCCGCUCCCCUCCAUCUGUGUCCGCGACCCCGUGAGCGACUGGUUCGAGAGCCUGGCGCAGUGUCUGCACUGGAACGUGCGCAAGAAGCAGGCGCGCUUCCCGGAGGAGGACGAGGCCGGGGACGAGGCGGAGGACGAGGCGGAGGACGAGGGCUAGCCGGCGCCCGGCGGGGGACGGCAGCGCCGAGGACGAGGCCGGGGACGAGGCGGGGGACGAGGGCAGCGCCCUCGGGGGAGGGGCCCGGCCCGCCUGGGGCUGGCCAGACGCGCGUUUUAAUAUUUUUAAAUCCGAAUUGCUUUCCACUCUGGGCCGGACGCCCAGCCUGCGCCCCCCCCCCCCAGUGGCCCCGGGCUGGCAGGUCAGGAAGCUCCCGCGAAUCAGUCUACUGAAAUUCUGAGGGGUCACGAUGAAUUGACCCCCCCUUGAUGAUUGAAAUAAACGUCUCAGCCAAACUCUUCCUUUAACUGCCAUGCUUUCCCCUGGGCUCUGAACCUUCCCCCC